GGAGUAAAUUGUAGAAGAAAAAAAAAACAGGUGGAAGUUGGGUUAAACAGCAGUAGGAGUUGGGUUUGCUCAUUUUGUGAGGCGGAAUUUACAAAGGGACAACAAUUCACUUACGCAUUAAACCAAACCCAUUUUUCUUUGUUAUCUCCGCCUCGUCCCUACUUUCAUUUCUUCGUUUUCUCCUCCUCCUCCCCCUUUAUAUUAUCUAUACAUCACCUCUGGUGUAUAUAUAUACUCUCCCUCUCUCUUGUACCCCCCAUUGCCAAGUAGAAGAGAUUACAAAAUGGGUUUCUCAGCCAAACUCGUUCAGCCUCUUCCUCUGUUGAACACAACAACAGCAAGAAGAUCCGCUUCGGAAAACAUGAAUUGUGCAUCCCCGUUUCUUGGAUCCACCCACAAGCUCCGCCUCCCCAGGCCCAUUGUCUCGUCGACCCGAACCCAUUUCGGGUCAGGAUCAGGAUCGGCCCCUGCUAUUGUCGCUGUCAAAUCGGAUGUCAUCAAGGAUAAUAAGAAGCCCAAAUCCGAUGUCUCCAAUCUCCUAAUUACAAAAGAAGAAGGGUUGGAGGUCUAUGAGGACAUGAUUCUUGGAAGAGCUUUUGAGGAUAUGUGUGCCCAAAUGUAUUACAGGGGAAAAAUGUUUGGUUUUGUUCAUUUGUACAAUGGCCAAGAGGCAGUCUCCUCUGGCUUCAUCAAGCUCUUGAAAAAGGAAGACUCAGUUGUUAGCACAUACCGAGAUCAUGUCCAUGCUCUCAGCAAGGGGGUCCCUGCUUCCCAAGUCAUGAGCGAGCUCUUUGGCAAGACCACAGGUUGUUGCCGUGGCCAGGGAGGCUCUAUGCACAUGUUCUCUAAGGAGCACAAUGUCCUUGGUGGCUUUGCCUUUAUUGGGGAAGGCAUUCCCGUGGCCACAGGGGCUGCCUUUACCAGCAAGUAUCGCAGAGAAGUUUUGAAAGAAGCUGACUGUGAUCAUGUCACAAUGGCUUUCUUCGGGGAUGGGACUUGCAAUAAUGGCCAAUUCUUUGAGUGCUUAAACAUGGCAGCCUUGUGGAAGUUGCCUAUCAUUUUUGUUGUGGAGAACAAUCUGUGGGCAAUUGGGAUGUCCCACUUGAGAGCCACUUCUGAUCCACAGAUUUGGAAGAAGGGGCCAGCAUUUGGGAUGCCAGGAAUUCAUGUUGAUGGGAUGGAUGUCUUGAAGGUAAGGGAGGUGGCAAAGGAAGCUGUUGGGAGGGCUAGGAGGGGAGAAGGUCCUACUCUAAUUGAGUGUGAAACUUAUAGGUUCAGAGGUCACUCAUUAGCUGAUCCUGAUGAGCUUCGUGACCCAGCUGAGAAGGCUCACUAUGCUGCUCGAGAUCCCAUUACAUCUUUGAAGAAAUACAUGGUUGACAACAAUCUCGCCACUGAAGCUGAAUUGAAAGCUAUCGAGAAGAAAAUUGAUGAAGUGAUCGAAGAAGCUGUAGAGUUUGCAGAAGAAAGUCCAGCACCAUCCAGAAGCCAGCUGUUGGAAAAUGUGUUUGCAGAUCCAAAAGGCUUUGGAAUUGGACCAGAUGGAAAAUACAGAUGCGAGGAUCCAAAGUUUACUGAAGGAACCGCUCAAGUCUAACGUCUCAGCAAAUUCCGUCUGGUUUUCAGUUAUGUUAUAACUGUACCCGUCAAGCAGUGUUACUUUUCUAGAUGUGUUUAUGUUGUUAAUUGACGAAAAAUGUGGAUUAGGUGUUUUCUCUUAUUUCAGUUUUGGGAAGGUGAAUUGUGUUUUUAAAUGUAAAAUUUUUAUUAUCUGGAUUCCUUGGGUAUUUAAAUGAAAGGCUUUUAAUAUUA